AUGAACUGGGGGGUGUUUGAAGGGCUCCUCAGUGGGGUCAACAAGUACUCCACAGCCUUCGGCCGCAUCUGGCUCUCCCUCGUCUUCAUCUUCCGCCUGCUGGUCUAUGUGGUGGCCACCGAGAAGGUCUGGAGCGACGACCACAAGGACUUCGACUGCAACACGCUGCAGCCAGGCUGCACCAACGUCUGCUUCGACCACUUCUUCCCUGUCUCCCACAUCCGCCUCUGGGCCCUGCAGCUCAUCCUGGUGACCUGUCCAUCUCUCUUGGUCAUCAUGCACGUGGCCUACCGGGAGGCCAAGGCGCAGAGGCACCGCGAUGCCGGCGGGGACAGCUACCACUGCACCUACCCGCCGGGCAAGAAGCGGGGGGGACUGUGGUGGACCUACCUGCUCAGCCUCAUCUUCAAGGCCAGCGUCGACCUGGUCUUCCUCUACAUCUUCUACCGCUUCUACGAGAACUACAGCCUGCCCCGGCUGGUGAAGUGCGAGCUGCAGCCCUGCCCCAACGUGGUGGACUGCUUCAUCUCCCGGCCCACAGAGAAGACCAUCUUCACUCUCUUCAUGGUGGUCACCACCUGCCUCUGCGUGGUGCUGAACCUCGUCGAGGCUGCCUACCUGAUCGGCAAGCGGUGCCGGGAGCGCCUCCUGCUCAGCAGCCACGAGAGCCACCGGCACUGCUGCGACAGCGCCGAGCCCGCGGGCACGGACGGGCAGGUUUGCCAGGGGGUGGGCUGCAAACCCCCCACCACCUCCACCCUCCCCAUGACCUCCAUCCCCCUCACGACCUCCACCCCCCUCACGACCUCCACCUCCUUCACGACCUCCACCCCUGACACGCUGCCUGAGGAGGAGACUCUUUCCUAG